CGAAUUCUUCCCCGCCUGACUCCACUUCAUUCAAAUCAAUCCUGAAUCUGCCGCCAUGGAUUUGCUCCAAGAUCCUAGAGUAUGGGUAGCGGUUGCGAUCGUCGUAGUUUUCGGACUUCUGCAGUUGCUGAUAUCGCGAAAGUCCGAAUCGACUGAAAAAGCGCCAGAUCAAGAGCAGAAAGACGCGAAGAAGCAGUCGCAGAGCCAGAAACAAGCGCCUCGUCGGAGACCGAUUUCUGAAAAGGCGCCCUCCGGCCCGCGGCACCCGCUGGAGGUGAACACACUGAAGCACGGCGACGCCGUCACGGGCCUCUGCUUCUCACACGACGGCGCCGCGCUCGCCACAGCGUGUGGCGAUGGAGUGGUGCGAGUGUACACCUUGGAUGACGUCACUGCCAAGAGCAUUAAGUUCCGCCGCAUCAACACAGGACCGGGGGUGCAUCCAGUGGGCGUGGCGUUUGGGCUGUCAGCCACGGAGGUGGCCGUCUCAGGCACCAGCCCCUUUGGCAGCUGCAUGCGCUUCUACGGACCCGCCACAGGCAGGGCGUUGGAGGAGGCACGGAAGGAGGGCAAGCAGGCGCCAAUGGAGGUGAAGUGGGAGCAGCGGCCGGCGCACGGCGGCAAGGCCAUCAUCUCCAUCAGCUCAGCCGUCUCCACGCAGGGGCCAGGUGACGGCACUGCUGUCAUCGCCACGUCAUCAGAAGCAACGGACGUGGUGGUGUGGGGCGCGGCGGAUGGCAAGGUGGUGGGCGAGGUGGACUCCAACCAGCUCCGCAACACCAUGGCCGCCCUCUCGCCAGACGGACGCUUCCUGGCAAUCGCAGCGUUCACAGCAGAUGUCAAGAUAUGGGAGCUGGUGUAUGGGCGGGAUGGAGCCAUUCAAAACGUGACACGUAUCAUGCAGCUCAAGGGCCACAAGAGCGCGGUGACGUGGCUGGCGUUCACAUGGGACUCCAAGGGCAUGGUCACGGCGUCCAAGGACGGCACCAUCAAGAUCUGGAACAUCGAUGUGCGCUACCACCUGGACGAGGACCCCAAGUGCCGCCACACCUUCCCCAUCCUGCCGCUGCCCUCCACCGCCACAUCCGACGCUGCAGCUGCCACUGCCGCUGCAGCAGCAGCAGCCCCGGCGGGCAAGAAGGGCAAGAAGAGCGCGGGCCCCACCCUGCCGCUGCUGGACAGAAUAGCCGUGAGCCCUGAUGGGCGCCUGCUGGCCGUCACAGUGGGGGCUGCACUGCUGUGGUAUGAGCUGGAGGGCGGCAGCAUUGUCACGGCGGACGAGCAGGCUCAUACCGAUGCUAUCACGUGGAUGGCGUGGUCACCUAAGCCCGUCCCCAUUGCUGGAGAAUCAAAGCCAAUGCAUUUACUUGCCACAGCUAGUGCGGACAAAAAAGUGAAGCUGUGGAAGGCGCCAGGGCACUGACACAUUUACAGGCAGAGCAUGCUGGACAUGUUUUGCGUAGUUGAAAGUUGUGUUGGGUGGUUGUGGGUCAUAGUUUUGUCUAGAUAAAACCUAGGGAGUUUUUAUUGCAAUUCCCAUGAAACGUGUGAGCCAUCACUUUGAAAGCCUUUU